AUGACUAAAGCUUACGCCACCUUACUCCAUGGCGAGGACUAUGUGCCUGGUGCACUCACCUUGGCCAAAACGCUUUUAAAGUUUGGCACCAAGGCUAAAUUGGCCAUCUUGCUCGACAAGUCGAGUUUGAGCAAGAAACUGGUGGACCUCAUUGAGAACACGUUUCAUGAUGUCGUGGACAUUUCGGAAACGCUGGUGCUGGCGUCAGUGGAGAAAGUUGCUGAGAAGCUUGGAAGAAAAGAAUUGGCCAUCACCUUCUCCAAGAUCUUGUUGUGGAACUUGACCAAUUACGAUCAGAUUGUGUUUCUAGACUCAGACACGUUGCCAUUGAAGCCAUUGGAUAGCUUGCUACCAUUUCUCUACAACGUCACUCCGUCUGCUCAUUACCAAUACAAUCCAGCGUUGGAGAGAUUUCGGGACCAGAUCAGGUUGGUGCAUUUCAUUGGUGCCAGCAAGCCUUGGCACACGCGGUACGAAGGCAACGAGGAGUUUAGAAGUGUGUGGUGGAAGCAUUUUGAUGAAUUUUUCUCCGAUGAGGCAACAAGAAUCCAUCUUUUACUGAGACCGCAGGGCCAGGGAGAGGCUCACCUCUUCAAGUUUACCAAGUUGGUGAAUGCAUGGGAUACAGAUGAGGAGCAGGCGCCUAGCCUCGAGAAUUUGAACAUAUCGUCGCAGCCACCAAAGAAGAUUUUCCCCUGGGAAGAACGAGAGCAAGUUGAGCCCACUCGAGUGUGGGAACCUGUGAGCUUGGCUAGGGAGAGCGGUGGCAGACGAGAACGGAGGGUGUCGUUGGACGGCAAUACGGAGGCCCGAGUGCUGCUGAUUGGGUCGGGCAGGUCGUUGAGGCGGGCCAGUAACCAAUUCAAAGACGAGACAGGGUUCAAUCCGGAGAAGUCGUUGGAGGAGGUAUCAAAGAUGCCCUUGAAGUUCUUGCAGUCAAAGAGAAGUGCUGAUGAGGGAGGUACUUCGAAGUGA